AAUCACAGCCUAAAGACAACGCGCCAACUGUCAAGUAGCCCAAGGGUCAAAACAAUUUUUCUACAUCUUACAAUUUAAAAAGCGCAUGCAGAACUUGUAAAAUAAUAUUUCAUUAUUCAUAUCAAUAACAAAUAAGUAAAAAUGUCAGGACGUGGAGGAAGAUUCCGCGGUAACAGAAAUAAAAAUCACCAUACUCUGUCUUCUGUGGCUAGAGAGGCAGCUAUUUCCUUACCCGAUGAUAGUCCCGUUUUACAAAUGUUUAAGUCGGCCGCUCAAAAGCUGAACGAUCGUCAGGACAGACAUGAAAGAUUAGUAAAACUCUCUCGGGAUAUCACAAUUGAAAGCAAAAGAAUUAUAUUUCUUUUACAUUCGUCUAUCACAAAAGAAUCCACUGAGAAAGCGAUAAGCGAAGCAAAUGAGCGUAUCCAAAAACUUAUCCAGGGCCCAUUCAAAAGCAUUGGUUUAGAGCUAGAAAACAGUCCCGCGUACUUACAUUCCCGCGCAAUUACCGCUGGUUUUCAGGAGUUUAUCGAAGCACGUACAUUUUGUUCUUUUAUGGAGAAAAAGUUACUUGCCACAUGGCCAGAAGUACAAAAGGAAUUGGUGUAUGAAGUUGAGGAUAGAAGUGUGAUGACAAUGUUACCGCAACUAGAUUAUAUGUUGGGUUUGGCUGAUCUAACCGGGGAGUUGAUGAGGAAGGCCAUCAAUAGCAUUUCUAGUGGAGAUAGUGAGGAGUGCUUUGACUCGUGUCAGGCUGUGAGAGAUCUUUAUACCGGAUAUAUUGGUUUAUUUGGAUCCGGCAAAGAAUUAGCUCGUAAGUUGUCUGUAACACGGAGCAAUGUGUUCAAAGUGGAGUCAGCAGUGUACGCGCUUCGGGUGCGCGGGGGCGAAGCACCCCCCACGUUGUUACUCACUAACCAGCCUGAGUGGGAACAUAACCAUUCGGAUGAUGAGGGAUUUUAUUAAAGUUUUCUUAAUUACCUAUA